CACAGUGGAUCACCAAUCAAUGGAAAGAGCCGAAGAGGUCGGCUCGGUCAUGUGAUCAGCUAUGUCCAAUCACAGCUGAUCACAUCAGUGCCACCUGCCAGUGCCCAUCAGUGCUACAUCAAUGCCACAUUUCAGUGCCUACCAGUGCACAUCAAUGCCAUAUAUCAGUGCCCAUCUGAGCUGCCUUUCAGUGUCAGUCAGUGCCACCUAUCAGUGCUGCCAAUCAUUGCCACCCAUCAGUGCCACCUAUCAGUCCCAUCACUGCCGGCCAAACAGUGCCAGUCAGUG